GCAGUGGGCAGGGUUGAUGAUGGAGACGAGGCUACCGCGUGUGGGUGGGGGUUGGGUUGGGAUUGUAGAAGGUGAUUCGUACUCAUGGUGGAAUAGAGAGGUGUUCGAUCACAGGGUCAAUGGCAAGGCAAGGCUGGGUUGGGUGGGGAUGGCGGUAGCGGUGGCGGAUACAGGGAUCGGUUGGGUUUCAGAGGUGAUACGAACUCAUCAUGGCGAUGAAGUAGGUGGUGGAAGAAGAAACAGAUGGGAUGGUAAAUCGAAACAUCAAGCUCUCCUCACUUGCUUCCAAAAUGCCCUGAAAUUAUAGAGGAAGUGGCUUCUAAGUUGUGAAGUGAAAAGAGAAAAGCUGAAUAGAGAUGGUGAAGCUCGUGGGUUCCUACACAAUCAUUCCAGCACAGCCAACUCCGGCCGGCAAGCUUUGUUUAUCAGAGUUAGACCAAGUUAAGCCUUUUACUCAUGCACCGAUCAUCUACUUUUACCGCCCCUCAAAUAACUCCAUCAUCCUCUCCUCUGCAAUGGACACCAUGAGAGACUCUUUGAGUAAAGUUCUAGUGCAGUUUUACCCAUUAGCAGGUAGGCUUCAAUGGAUCGAAGGAAGAAGGCUUGAACUAGAUUGCAACUCCAUGGGAGCUCAGCUCUUUGAAGCGGAGUCCGACGCCGAAAUCUCCGACUUUGGAGACUUCACUCCAACCCCGAAGAUGGAAGAUCUCAUCCCUCCCAUCGAUUACACCCUCCCCAUUAACGAACUCCCUAUCUUUCUAGUGCAACUCACCCGAUUCAGUUGUGGUGGAAUCAGUGUCUGUGCCGCUAUUUCUCACUCUGUUAUUGAUGGCUUCUCGUCCAUGCAAUUGAUGAAUACGUGGGCGAAAGUAUCCCGUGGAGGAGACCUGGACACACCACCACCGUUAAUAGACUCACGUUUAUUACGCAGGAGUGAACACUACCCGGCCGCCCCACGGUUCAAACACCCUGAGUUUAGUCCGCCACCGGUUUUAAUUGAUCGGACCGAUGACAGAGAGGAGAGAAUGAAGGAAACCACAGUGAUCAUGUUCGAGUUGACGAGAGAUCAAGUGGAGAAGCUCAAGAAGAAAGCUAAUGAGACCCUUACUGGUCGGCCCUGUAGUAGAAACGAAGCCAUUGCUGCUCACAUCUGGAGGUGUGCAUCCAAAGCCCGUCAGCUGAAGUAUGAGCAGCCGACAAUGAUGCGCAUAGCCGUCAAUAGCCGGAAACGGCUUCGUCCUCCGCUCCCAGAUAAUUACUUUGGAAACGGUCACUUACAUACAUAUGCGACGAGCCUGGCGGGUGAAUUGAUGGAGAAGCCAUUAGGGUUUGCUGCAAGUAGGAUCAGAGAGGCAGUGGAGAGGAUGACUGAUGAGUAUUUUAAGUCUGCCAUUAAUUUCUUGAGAAGACAAGAAGAUUUGGGAGCUUUCAGGACUGGGUUCCACCGCGAUGCGGUCGGGCGUAAACAAGGGGACUUCCUUGGGAACCCCAAUCUUGCUAUUACUAGCUGGUUAGGGCUGCCCAUCCAUGGCGCGGAUUUUGGAUGGGGAAAGCCCAUUUACAUGGGACCGGGGAAGUUAGGGUUUGAUGGGAGGUCUUUUAUCAUACCAGGACCUAAUGACGAUGGAUCUAUCAUUAUUCCAUUACGUAUGAUUCCUGCACACAUGGAGGGUUUCACGAAGUUUUUCUAUGAUGAUAUUGUUAGCAAUUAUGAAUCGAAACUUUAAUGGGCAUCAAAUACAUUACACCUCAUUACACCUCUAUUGGUGUAUUGUAUUUAGAAUUUGAUAUCUUCUUAUUAAGGGAAAAAUUGUCUAA